GCAGGGGCGCGCCCUCCAUUUUGUGGAACGCAGGAGCAGCUAAGUGCGUCAGUUUUGGAAAGACGUAGACGAGUUUAGUCCUGGUUUGCGGGGAGGCAGACGGCUCCGUCGCAGACUACGGACCUCUCUGGUCUCUCAGCUGCCAAAGACCCUGUCCGGUAGGUGAGUGACUCACUUUGAGGGAAAGGCUUCUCGGAUCGAGGCUUCUUCAUGGCCGCUCAGAUCGUGAGUGGCCAGGGCUGCUCUCUUUGCGGAGGACGGCGUCCAAUGAGCGCAGUUUAUUCGAGGAAAUACUAGCCGGAUAUCAUGAGUGGCUGUCGAGUAUUCAUCGGGAGGCUAAAUCCCGCGGCCAGGGAGAAGGACGUGGAAAGGUUCUUCAAGGGGUAUGGACGAAUAAGAGAUAUUGAUCUGAAAAGAGGCUUUGGUUUUGUGGAAUUUGAGGAUCCCAGGGAUGCAGAUGAUGCUGUAUAUGAACUUGAUGGAAAAGAACUCUGCAGUGAAAGGGUUACUAUUGAACAUGCUAGGGCUCGAUCUCGAGGUGGAAGAGGUAGAGGACGCUAUUCUGACCGUUUUAGUAGUCGCAGACCUCGAAAUGAUAGACGAAAUGCUCCACCUGUAAGAACAGAAAAUCGGCUUAUAGUUGAAAAUUUAUCUUCAAGAGUCAGCUGGCAGGAUCUCAAAGAUUUCAUGAGACAAGCUGGGGAAGUAACCUUUGCGGAUGCACAUCGACCUAAAUUAAAUGAAGGGGUGGUAGAGUUCGCCUCUUAUGGUGAUUUAAAGAAUGCUAUUGAAAAACUUUCUGGAAAGGAAAUAAAUGGGAGAAAAAUCAAAUUAAUCGAAGGCAGCAAAAGGCACAGUAGGUCACGAAGCAGGUCUCGUUCCCGAACCAGGAGUUCCUCUAGGUCUCGUAGCCGAUCUCGUUCCCGGAGUCGCAAGUCUUACAGCCGGUCCAGGAGCCGGAGCCGGAGCCGGAGCAAGUCCCGUUCUGUUAGUAGGUCUCCUGUGCCUGAAAAGAGCCAGAAACGUGGUUCUUCAAGUAGAUCUAAGUCUCCAGCAUCUGUGGAUCGCCAGAGGUCCAGGUCCCGAUCCCGGUCAAGGUCCAGAUCAGUUGACAGUGGCAAUUAAACUGUAAAUAACUUGCCCUGGGGGCCUUUUUUAAAAACACACACACAAAAAUUCCCAAACCAUACUUGCUAAAAAUUCUGGUAAGUAUGUGCUUUUCUGUGGGGGGGUUGGGGGUGGGAUUUGGAGGGGGGUUGGGUUGGGCUGGAUAUCUUUGUAGAUGUGGACCACCAAGGGGUUGUUGAAAACUAAUUGUAUUAAAUGUCUUUUGAUAAGCCUUCUGCUCACAUUUUUGUGAAUGUCUGAAGUGUAUAGUUUGUGUAUAUUGAGAGAGCUCUUUUAUAACUAAAGCAAAUUUAAUUUUUUUGUACUAGAAAAGAUUUGAACAUUUUAGUUCUUGGUUAUUCAAAUAUGUUAAUUCAGAAUUAGUUUAAUGCCUCAAUUAAACUAAUUAAUAGCUUUGGACACUUAAAAGAGCUCUAAAUUUGCUUGUACAUAAAGGCUUGAGUUUUCCUUGUUAGGGUCAAGGGUGUCCUCCCACCCACCCUUUAACAGCUGCCUGACGACACGUUAAAGCAGCUGUUUGUUAUUGAUAAUAAAAGAUUAUAAAACUGC